CUCGAUUUGCGAUGUAUUUUCCAAUUCGCGUAGCGCUGCCUUCGCUUUUUGCUUCGGUCGCCUAUGCGGCCAUUGCACCGAAGCCUGUCCCCCCUCCUUCGACAGCUGCUUCAACUGCGACUUCUGGCCAGUCAACCUUUCAGCAGUUGAUUGACCACAAGAAUCCUAGCUUGGGCACAUUUUCUCAACGUUACUGGUGGAACUCGGGGUGGUGGGAGGGUGCGGGCUCACCAGUGGUCCUAUUCACACCUGGAGAAGAGGCGGCCGAUCAGUAUACGGGAUAUCUGACCAACAAGACCAUCACCGGUCUGUUCGCACAGGAAGUCAAGGGUGCAGUGGUCAUGCUUGAGCACCGUUACUGGGGAGACUCAUCCCCUUAUCUGGAGCUGACUACUGAAAACCUGCAACAACUGACCUUGGAGAAUUCAAUUGCCGACCUCACCUACUUCGCAAAGAAUGUCGAGCUUCCCUUUGAUACAAACAGCAGCAGCAAUGCUCAAAAUGCACCAUGGGUCUUCAGUGGAGGAUCUUACAGUGGUGCCCUCGCAGCUUGGACCGAGUCUACAUCGCCUGGAACAUUCUGGGCGUAUCAUGCGUCCAGCGCCCCGGUCGAGGCUAUCUCCGAUUAUUGGCAAUACUUCACUCCUGUUCAAGAAGGAAUGCCCGCAAACUGCAGCAAGGACGUCAGCAGAGUUGUGAAUUACAUUGACAAAAUCAACAAGUCUGGAUCAGAGAAGCAGGUUCAGGAACUGAAAGACUUAUUUGGGCUUGGUGAUAUCGAGCAUUUCGAUGACUUUGCUAGUGCCCUCGAAAAUGGACCGUGGCUAUGGCAGUCCAAUAGUUUCUACACAGGCUACUCCGGAUUCUUUCAGUUCUGCGAUUAUGUUGAGAAUGUUGAGAACGGCACGAGCAAAAUUCCCGGAUCAGAUGGCGUCGGCCUUCACAAGGCGCUCCAAGGUUAUGCGAAAUGGUUCAAGGAUAUUUACUUUCCUGGAUCGUGCGCGAACUAUGGUUACUGGACUGAUCCAUCGACUACUGCAUGCUUUGACACAUACAACGCGUCCAGCCCUAUUUUCACGGAUAUUUCCGUGAACAAUACCAUCGACCGACAGUGGCAGUGGUUCCUUUGCAAUGAACCUCUUUUCUACUGGCAAGACGGCGCACCAUCUGGUGUUCCAAGUAUCGUGUCUCGCACCGUCAAUGCGGAAUACUGGCAGCGACAAUGUUCUCUAUACUUCCCCGAAGUGAAUGGCUAUACCUUUGGAAGCGCAAAGGGUAAAUCCGAAAACGAGGUUAACUCGUGGACUAAGGGUUGGGAACUGACCGACACGACACGACUGAUUUGGGCCAAUGGUCAAUAUGAUCCGUGGAGAUCUGCCAGUGUUUCCUCCUCUUUCCGACCUGGAGGGCCACUUGAAUCGCGGGAAUCCGCCCCGUUGAAUGUUAUCCCAGGAGGUUUCCACUGUUCGGAUCUGAUUUUGAAGAAUGGAGCUGCGAAUGAGGGUGUCCAGAAGAUCAUUGAUGCGGAAGUGGCACAGAUCAAAACUUGGGUCGAGGAAUACUAUAAGAAAUAAGAGGAGAGAGGAGAGAGGAGAACGCGAGCUAAGCAACUGAACUAUUCGUUGUAACGAAGCAACCCAUCAGGCUGAAACAUGAUAGCUAGGAAGACAAAG